AUGGCUCAUAUCUUGACGGCUGUAGAAGGCUCCACUGUGGAUGUGGUUCCCAUUCGCCGUGCUCUGAUUAGUGUAUCGGACAAGACUGGCAUUGUGGAAUUUGCGCAAUUUUUGGCGUCUCAAAAUGUGGAAUUGCUCUCGACCGGAGGAACCGCCAAGAAAUUGCGCGACGCUGGAAUGACCGUGAAGGAUGUGUCGGAAUACACGGGUGCGGCCGAAUGUUUGGAUGGUCGUGUCAAGACGUUGCAUCCCAAAGUUCAUGGAGGAUUGCUGGCGGUUCGCGGCAAUGCGCAACAUGAAGCGCAGAUGAAAGAACAAGGCAUGAGCUUUAUUGACAUGACAAUUUUGAAUUUGUAUCCGUUUGAAGCUACUGUUAAGAGUGGCGCGUCGUUGGCGCAGUGUGUCGAAAAUAUCGAUAUUGGAGGACCUUCCAUGUUGCGUAGUACCGCCAAGAAUCACAACUUUACUACUAUUGUCACGGAUCCAGCGCAAUAUGCGGAAAUUCAAGCCGAAAUGGCAGCCAACAGUGGUGGAACCACGUUGGCAUUGCGUCGUCGGUUGGCGGCCAAGGCAUUUGCACUCACCGCCAGUUACGAUUCCGCCAUUGCCACUCAUCUUGCACAAGAAAUGGCCAAAUUAGAGGCACCUGCUGAACCUCCGACUGUUCCCACGCUCACCAGCAAGGUGGUCGUUCCCCGGGUCUAUCAACCCGAAUUCCCACUCAAAUACGGAUGCAAUCCCCAUCAGAAACCGGCCAUGAUUCUAUCUCGAGCGGGAAGUAAACUACCCUUUGAUGUCUUGAAUGGGACACCGGGAUAUAUUAAUCUCUUGGAUGCGGCCAAUGCCUGGCAAUUGGUGGUGGAACUGAAAGAGGGUACAGGAUUGACUGCGGCAUCGUCCUUUAAGCAUGUCAGUCCAGCCGGAGCCGCCGUGGCGGUACCACUCAGUGACGUCGAAUGUCAAGCCUACGAAGUUAAACCGGAAGAUCGAGACUCGUUGACACCCAGUGCCUUGGCGUAUCUUCGAGCACGCAAUGCCGAUCCCAUGUGUUCCUUUGGAGACUUUUGUGCCGUCAGUGAUGUCGUCGAUGAAGGCACUGCCAAGUACUUGAAAAAAGAAGUCAGUGAUGGCAUUGUCGCUCCCGGAUACACUCCCGAAGCGCUGGAAAUUCUCAAAAGCAAAAAGGGUGGCAAAUUCAUCAUUUUGCAGGCCACGGACAAUUAUCAACCCGGUGAUGUCGAGUACCGUGAAGUCUACGGCAUGACAUUUUCCCAAAAACGCAACGACGUGGUCUUGACCAAGGAGGACAUGACCAAACAAAUUGUCACGUCCAAGAAUGAACUCAGCGAAGGAGCCAUUCGGGAUUUGAUUGUGGCGUCCAUCUGCAUCAAGUACACACAAUCCAACAGUGUCGGAUUUGCCAAGGAUGGCAUGAUGGUCGGGGUCGGUGCGGGACAGCAAUCUCGGGUCGACUGUGUCAAGUUGGCCGGACGCAAGGUGAGCACGUGGUAUCUCCGACAACAUCCCAAAGUAUUGGCAUUGCCAUUCAAGGAGGGAGUCAAACGUCAGGAUCGUGUCAAUGCUCGUGUGCGGUACAUUGAGGGUGAUUUUACCGACGAAGAAAAGGUUCGUUGGGAGGCACAAUUCAGCAGUCCUCCGGAAGCUCUGACAGCCGAAGAGAAGGCGGCCUUUUUGAAGGAAGCCACGGGAAUCAGUAUCAGCAGUGAUGCCUUCUUCCCGUUCCGUGACUCUAUUGAUCAUGCCUCCAAGGUGGGAGUGUCAUUUGUAGCGCAGCCUGGCGGCAGUGUCCAGGAUCCACAGGUCACCGAAGCAUGCAACGACUACGGAAUGGCCAUGUGCUUCACCGGAACGAGAUUGUUCCAUCAUUAG